CGACACCCGGCGGACGCUAGUAACUUGCCUAGGAGUCAGGCUUGGCGUGAGAGGAAGGCCAGAGAUGGACCUGGUGAGACUCUCCCGGCUCUUCCCCCACUCCUGCUCCCUGAGCCAGCCCAUCCUCCAACACAUGGGCCUCCACAGCGCUAGGUGGGCAGCUGGCAGAGAGGGUCCUGCUCGGCUGCUGGCUUUGAGUCGGACCCAGCCAGUGCCAGCGACCUUCAGCAGCUCCCAGUCGCAGCUGCCCCUGGGCCCAGGAAACCAGAAGAACGCAGGUGGUGUUAGCUCUGAACCAAACCAGCCUGGCCCCAUGGCCCUGACGGAUGAAAAGGAGGAGGUAGAAGAGGACUUUGGCAGCUUCUCCCACAAGUACUCCUCUCGGAUAAUGUUCCGUAAAUCCACAGCCCAGCUGUACGAGCUACGGCUUCAGGAGCAGAGUGUGUCCGACGGUGCAGAAGGGGAGCUGGAGCCCAAGCCUUGGCAAGGCCAAAGACAUACCCCUCACUGGUACUUCUUCCAGUGUAAACAGCUGAUCAAGGCGGGGAAGCUGGCCGAGGCCCUGGACCUGUUUGAGCGGCAGAUGCUCCAGGAGGAGCGGCUGCAGCCCUUGGAGUGUAACUACACAGUGCUGAUCGGGGGCUGCGGGCGGGCGGGCUACCUGAAGAAGGCCUUCCGCCUCUACAAUGACAUGAAAAAGCGGGACCUGGAGCCGUCGGAUGCCACGUACACAGCUCUGUUCAACGUCUGUGCUGAGUCCCCCUGGAAGGACUCUGCCCUGCAGAGUGCCCUCAAGCUCCGGCAGCAGCUGCGGGCCAGGACCAUCCAGCUCAACCUGAAGACCUACCACGCCCUGCUAAAGGUGGCUGCCCUGUGUUCCGACCUCCGGAUGUGCCUGGAUGUGCUCAAGGAAAUCGUCCACAAAGGUCAUGUGGUCACAGCGGAGACCUUCAACUUCCUGCUCAUGGCCUGCAUCCAAGACAAGAAGACAGGCUUCCGUUAUGCCCUGCAGGUGUGGCGGCAGAUGCUGAAUUUGGGCAUCCAGCCGAGUCGGCACGGCUACAACCUGCUGCUAGGAGCUGCUCGGGACUGUGGCUUGGGGGACUCGGCAGUGGCCUCCGAGCUGCUCCUGAGGCCUACAGAGGAGGCGGCUCUGCUCCAGGCCUCAGUAGGUCGGCAGCCUCGAGCGAGGAGAGCCGCCCAAGCUGGGAAGGGAGGUGGCGUGUCCGCCAGGCUGCAUGUGGAGGCUCUGGAGAAGCAGCUUUUUCUUGAACCUUCUCCAGUGCUGGAGGGUUCUCCAAAGCAUCAGGACGCCAUGGCCCUGGGCAAGGCUCAGUGUGAGGUGGACACUGUGGGGGGGCCUGACUACACAGAGGCCUUCAGCCCUGUGGCCCUGCAGCCCCCUCCCUCAGGCCUGGAGGUCAGCCUUCUGUCUCCAGCAGCAGUGCCUCCAGCUCUGGUCUCUCUGGGGACGGUGGCCACUCCAGCGGACAGGUUGGCCUUGAUGGGGGGCAUGAAGGGCUUCCUGGGCAAGAUGGCAGAGCACGGGCUGCAGCCUGACAUCAAGACCCUGACGCUGCUGGCUGAGGUGGUGGCGCCUGGCAGCCCUGCCGAGUCCUCGCUGCUGGCCACCCUGGAUGCAUACCAGGUGGAGGCAGACGUGACGUUCUUCAACACGCUGAUGAGGAAGAAGAGCAAGCUGGGUGACUUGGAGGGGGCGAAGGCACUGCUGCCAGUGCUGGCAAAGCGGGGUCUCAUCCCCAACCUGCAGACCUUCUGUAACCUGUAUAAAGGGAAAAACACCUACUUGGAAAAGAUUGAUGGCUUCCGAGCUUAUUACAAGCAGUGGCUGAAAGUGAUGCCAGCCAAGGAAACUCCCCACCCCUGGGAGAAGUUCAGGACCAAACCCACGGGAGACCAGAGAGACCAAGGCCCAGGGACAGAGGCUGACUCAGACAGAGCCUAG